AUGGAGUCGGAGGCGCGGGUCCUGCGCGCGGCGGGAGGCUUCGGCCGGGCCCGGCGUCUGCUGGCCGCCGCCUCGUGGCUGCCGUGCGUGGCGCUGGGGCUGGCGCUGGGCUCGGAGCCGCUGCUGACCGCGCUGCCGGCGCACCACUGCCGGCCGGACCCCACGCUGCUGCCCCCAGCGCUGCGCGCCCUGCGCGGGCCCGCGCUGCUCGACGCCAGCGUGCCGCGCCUGGGGCCCGCGCGCGCCCCGAGCCCCUGCCUGCUCCUGCGCUACCCCGAACAUCUAGGGCCCUUGGCAGCCUGACGCUCUGGGAACUCCAGCACGGGGGAGGGUGGACCUGGCCAGCCCACAGGUGAUUGGUGUCCCCCGUAGUGGAACCUCGUGUGUGAGGACGGCUGGAAGGUGCCUCUGGAGCAGAUGGGCCACCUCCUGGGCUGGCUGCUGGGCUGUGUCCUCCUGGGCGCAGGCUGUGACUGGUUUGGACGUCGGGCUGUGUUUGUGGCCUCCCUGGUGCUGGCCACGGGCCUGGGGGCCAGUGAGGCCCUGGCGGCCAGCUUUCCUGCCCUGCUGGCUCUGAGGCUGCUUCAUGGGGGGGCCUUGGCAGGCUUUUCCCUGGCCCUCUACGUGGCUCGCCUGGAGCUGUGUGACCCCCCCCACCGCCUGGUGUUCUCCGUGGCAGCUGGCCUCUUCUCGGUGCUGGGCACCCUGCUGCUGCCCGGCCUGGCCCUGCUCGCGCAGGACUGGCGCCUUCUGCAGGGGCUGAGCGCCCUGGUCACGGGGCUUUUGCUGCUCUUUUGGGGGUUCCCCUCCCUGUUCCCUGAGUCUCCCCGGUGGCUGCUAGCCACGGGACAGCCAGCCCGAGCCAGGAAGAUCCUGUGGCACUUUGCGGAAGCUGGGGGCGUGGACCCCGAGGACAGCUCAAAGGAGAGCUCCCUCGCUACAGCCACAGAACUGGACACGCUGGGUGCAGGGAGCCCCCAGCCCCAGUACCACUCCAUCCUGGAGCUCCGGAACACCAGCAUCGCCUGGAGAAAUGGACUCAUCCUGGGCUUCAGUUCACUGAUCUGCGGGGGCAUCAGAGCCAGCUUCCUCCGCAGCCUGACCCCGAGUGAGCCCGCCUUCUACCAGCUCUACUUCCUGGGCGCUGGCCUGGAGUUCGUAGCCACUGUGUUCCUGCUGCUGACGGGGGAUCGCUGGGGACGACGCCCAGUCCUCUUGCUGGGCACCCUGGUCAUGGGCCUGGCGUCCCUGCUGCUUCUUGCCGGGACCCAGUACCUGCCAGAAUGGACCAUGUGGUCCCUCUCUGUCCUGGGUCUCCUGGCCUCCCAGGCCGUGUCGGCUCUCAGCAGCCUCUUCGCAGCAGAGGUAUUGCCCACCGUGACCAGGGGGGCCGGCCUGGGCCUCGUGCUGGGGGCCGGCUUCCUGGGCCAGGCGGCCGCGCCCCUGGCCGACCUGCACGGCCGGCGUGGCUUCUUCCUGCACCACGUGGUCUUCGCCUCCUUCGCCGUCCUGGCCCUGCUGUGCGUCCUGCUGCUGCCGGAGAGCCGGGGCCGCGGGCUGCCCGCGUCGGUGCGGGACGCCGACCGCCUGUGCCGGUCCCCGCUCCGCGGGGGCCGCCUCCGCCCGGACCACCUGCCGCUUCUGCCGCCCACCCCCCGCCCGCAGUAG